AGCAAAUCUGGGAGUGAAAGCAUCAAAUUUGGCUUUUCACCCUUAGGUUUGCGGGAAGCCUUAAUGGGUACAAAGAGCAAAUUACUAUUUUUCAUGUUAGGUAGUUAGCAUAACAGUGAGCAGUCACCGGCCAUAAAAGACAUCUCACAAGUAAAUACGAGUACGUUAGUUGAUGAAUCUUCUUUGACAUUACAGUGGGAUGGGAAAGUAAAAGGAAAUGGUGCAUAUCAUACGGAGUAUUCCUCUGCUCUGCAUAUAUAGCUAACAUUCAAAUCGCUCGCUCGCCAUAUAUGAAUGUAUCCCGUCAAGUCAACCAACUCUGAGAACAGAAACAAUAAUGUCUCCUCCCUCUAACGCGCACCGAUUUCUCCUCCUCCUCUUCUUCUUAUUCUGGUCCAUCAAAUUAAACGACGCAGCAGCAGCCGAUGAUGAUGAUGCUAGGGAAAUCUCACCCAAGUACUGCGGCCCUUCCACAACCAGCAGAAGCUGCAAGAGGAAUUUGAAUAUUUCAUAUCCCUUCUGGAGGGCGGAUGAUGAAGGCCAAAUCUGUGGCUACCCCGGAUUCAGCAUCGACUGUUCCAACGCCGAUCCUGACUAUCCCCGAAUCGCUAUUUCCGGCGGCGCCUUCCUGGUGAAGGGCAUCAAUUACGGCGAUCAUUCGAUCGCGCUUGCGGAUGCCGAUGCCAUCACCUCCGGGGGCGACUGUCCCAGGCCACGUCAGAACCUCAAUUUCAGCGGCGGAACGCUGCCGCCGUUCGUUUACAACUACAGCAUAGAUGUGGCCAUCGUUUUCUACGCCAACUGCACCAAUCCGCUUGACGGCGGUACCCCCUAUCCUUGCUCAAUUGACGACGAAAGGUCGUCAUACUGGUCUGUCGGGCCGACCCCUUUGGGUUGGCGCGGAAAUUGCCAGGGAGCGCUGCAGACGGCGGUGAUGGGAAGUUCCGAAGGAAUUGGGGCGAGGUUGAAUGGCAGCUCCUCCUCCUGGGCCAAAGCGGUGAAUGAAGGGUUCGUGCUGAAUUGGGAUGCCAAGGGGGAGAACUGCACCGCGUGCGAGAGGUCCGAGGGGCGGUGCGGCCUUGAAACCGAUUCCGGCGACUUCUUCUGCGUUUGCAACGGGACGGUGACCCCUCAUGACUGCGGCGCUUCUUCUCAGAUGGAUAUGGCAGGAUCGUCAGUGAAUUUGAAGAUUGGCUUAGGCGUUGGUGGAGCUGCGCUUGGUGUCAUAUUAAUGGGUGCCUCUUGGUUUGCUUGCCAGCGACGACGACGCAAGAAGCCAUAUGCUUCAUCCUACUUCAUGUCACGAAGCACUCCUUCCGAUCCCUCUACUUCAACUAUGGAUCUUGAGAAGUCGGGGAACUACCAUGGAGUCCACCUCUUUGAGUAUAGUGAGCUUGAAGAAGCAACUGAUCAUUUCAACCCAAAGCAUGAACUUGGAGAUGGCGGCUUUGGGAGUGUCUACAAAGGUAAACUGAGAGAUGGGCGGGUUAUUGCUGUGAAACGUUUGUAUGAGAACAACUACAAGAGAGUAGAGCAGUUCAUGAACGAGAUCGAAAUCUUGCAGCGCCUAUCCCACAGGAACCUGGUGAGGCUUUACGGGUGCACAUCGCGCCAUUGUCGUGAGCUUCUUUUAGUCUAUGAGUACAUCCCAAACGGGACGAUAGCAGACCACCUUCAUGGUGAGGCCGCGAAUCCGGAAUCCCUCUCAUGGGCCACGCGGUUGAGCAUCGCUAUCGAAACCGCAAGCGCGUUGGUGUACCUCCAUGCCUCAGAAGUCAUUCACCGCGACGUCAAGACCAGCAACAUCCUCCUGGACGACGCCUUCCGUGUCAAAGUUGCGGAUUUCGGGCUGUCCCGCCUCUUCCCGACGCACGCCACGCACAUUUCCACGGCCCCGCAGGGCACCCCUGGGUACCUUGACCCGGAGUACCACGAGUGUUACCAGCUAACGAGCAAGAGCGACGUUUACAGCUUUGGGGUGGUGUUGAUCGAGCUUAUCUCGUCACUGCCGGCAGUUGAUAUCACGAGGCAUAGGCACGAGAUUAACCUGUCCAACAUGGCAAUCAACAAGAUCCAGUGCAACGCCUUGCCAGAGUUGGUGGAUAAGAGUCUGGGGUUUGAUUCGGAUGAGAGAGUUAGGGAGAUGAUAUGCGCGGUGGCGGAGCUGGCCUUCCAAUGUCUGCAGAGUGCCAAGGAAAUGAGGCCUUCCAUGGAAGAUGUGUUGGAAAGUUUGCUCGAGAUACAGGGCUUGGAGAAGAAGGAUUCUAUGGCAAGUCCAACGGUCGCCCCACUGUUGGUGAAGAAUGGUAGUUGCAAGUUGCCCACCCUUUCUCCCAAUUCUGUCAUCCUAAAUGCUCAAUGGCCAAGCAGAUCUACAUCUCUCAGCUGCAACAGCUGUUAAUUAAUUUCACAUUUUUGUUCUUUUUGCAGAUAUUCUUGUUCUCUUUCUAGAUUUUGAAUGCUCACUAAGAGUUAACAAUAAUAUUAAAUUUAUUUGUGAAUUGUGCCCUACCGGCUACAAUAUGUGUAUAUAUUUGUCUUGGUAGUUAUAGUGAAUGGGAAUACAAAUAUACUGUAUUUCACUAUUUGGAGGAAACUCUGAAAUUUUACUUAUUGCAUUAUACUCACUCUUUUGACUUAUUUCACUGUU